AGUUUAUUUCUCAAUCAACACACAUAACCUUAUCAGUUGAUAAAUCAUGUAAAUAUAAUUAAAAAAGAAUUGUUAAUAACAUGUUUUUCAUUAGAAAUUUGUCGCUAUUUCUACAAGAAAAAAAUCGUGAUAGAGAAAUAAAAAAUUAAAUAAAAAUUUGGUGAAAAUUUAACCUGUUGAAAAAAAAGAAAAGUAAAUUUACUCCGAAGAUAAGAAGAAUGCCGUUCAAAUUUUAUUUAAAGAAAAGUCGACAGUACGAUGUAGUUUCAAAAAAUCAAUAUGUAAUUUGCAUUGAACUAUUGGAUACAACAUCGAUAGAAUGUACUUUAAGUAUUGGAAGUACAGGAAGAGAAUGUCUUAUAAAUGUCACACAACGUCUUGGUUUGGGACAAUCGGAAUUUUUUGGCCUGUGUUAUAUUUGCAAAGAUAGUCCACAUUCAUCGCGAUGGAUUAAUAUGGAUAAACCACUUAAAAGGCAGUUGGAAAAGAAAGCAAAAAAUUGCAUUGUCUAUCUUCGUGUGAUGCAUUAUAUUUUUGAUAUUCAAUUUAUUCAAGACGAUUUUACGCGAUAUCAUUAUUAUUUACAAUUGAAAAAUGAUAUUUUGGAAGGUAAAAUAACAUAUGACGCGCGACAAGCUUCCCUUUUAGCGAGUUAUUCAAUGCAAGCGGAAUUUGGAAAUUAUGACGCAGAUCGACAUUCACCUGAAUGUUUACAACAAGAUAUUUUUUUUCCAAAAAUUCUAAUAGAAGCGGAACCAAGAGCACAAGAAACACUUUUAAACGAUGCGAUUUGUCAGUUUAAAAGUUUAACUGGAGUGACACAAUCGGCCGCCGAGGAAAUGUACAUUAUGACUGUAAUGCAAAUGGAAGGAUAUGGUUACGAAACUUUUGUCGCAAAGGAUGAAGGUAACAAUGAAAUAAUUCUUGGUAUUUCCAUUAAUGGCAUAAUGGUUGGAUCUUCAACAUCACAAUCUGACAAAUUUUACAGAUGGUCUGAUAUUAGUAAUGUAAUUAGUCACAAGAAGACUUUUAGAAUUGAAUGGCAAGUCGAAGGCGAAACGCCGAAACAAUUUACAUUUGGAGAAUCACGUGUUGCAAAAUAUGCCUGGCAAUUGUGUAUCACAAAACAUACUUUUGCACAGCAUCUAACCGAACAAUUAAAUGAGCGCGUUAGUAAUGGACAUUUUAACGAGACAAAUGAACAAAUAGCGUCUUUGCGUUUGGAUCAUCAAACGGAGAAUCAUAUGCGCUGGACAAGUUACAGCGAUUUAUCGACAUCUCCAUGUCCCAUUGUUUCUGUAUCGUCUAAAGAUACAAGUAAUUUACAAGCUCUAUUGCCGCCUUAUAGACCAGCGCCCGAUUAUGAUACGGCAAUGCAAAUGAAAUACAACAAUGGUGCUAUUAAUUCUCAACCAUAUUAUGCUAAUCAAUCGACAAUUAUUGGAGCCGAUCUCUCAUGUUUGAGAGUUCCUAAUCGAAAUAGAUAUUAAUUAUAUGCUCGUCUUUCAAUUUUUUUUAUUUAAAAUUUUAAUAAUUAUUGUUUGAAAAAUUGCAUUUUUUUAAAAAAAAGAGAAAAAUGCAAAUUUUUUUUAAAAAGCAUCAAAUGUUUACUUUUUUAAAAAAUGUUUUCACUUGAAAAACGUUGAAACAAAUUUUUACAUUAAAAAAAUUUUUUUUUCUUUUAUUAGAGAAAAAACACGAUAAUUUUAAAUUAUUUAUUAUAUUUUGAUUAAAUUAUUAUUAGUAAGCAAAAAUAUUUCGACAAAUUGGAAAUGAACAAAUUUGUGGCCUCGAAAAGUAGAUAAUUUUAUCAUCUCGUGCCUUCUAUUUAAAUCUAAUAUUGUAUAAAUUUUACGUGUUAUUGCAAACUAAGCUUUUAGCAGUAUUUUUUUUUGUUUGAAUUAAAAAAAAAAAGUCGAAAAGUAGAUUUUUAUUUUAUUUCUAUUUUUUAAAAUAGUUAUUAUUUUUUUAUAUUUAUUCUACUUAGAUUUGAGUAAUUUUAUUUUUUAACAGCUUUAUGUGAUAUAUUUUCAGUUUAUUUUUAAUUUACAGUCUAUAUUUUUUAGUGAUCGCCCCCCAACGACAAAAAUUGGGGAUUUUUUUUUUUUGUUUCAUACCACAUAGACACCAUUUUUUUUCAUUUAUAAAUAAAAUAAAAUUAUAAGGACAAAAAAUAAAUUGCAUUGUUUUUUAUAUUUUUGAAAAAAUAUUUAAUUGAAAAAAAAUGAAAAAAGUGAAUUAUUAUUCACUUUUAUUAGGAUUGAGGCGAAAAUUUUACAAAUAUUUUAUUUUUAGAAAACUUAAAUAUUUUUAUAAAAUUCAAAAAAUAUAAUAAAAGAAAAAUUUUUGUGUAAGAAUUAAAAAAAAGAAAUUUUCUUUUAUUAAAGAAAAUAAUUUUUUUGGGGGGGGGCAAUCACUUUGUAAUAAUUUUUAAUUAAAAGAUCUUGCUUCAUAAAAAGUUGAAAAGAAAAGAACAAUUUUUUAAAUUUCAUUAUUUUUACCCAUUUUAUUAAGCUAUUCAAUUUUAAUAAAUUUUUCAAUUUUGCUUACUUUCGAAAUAUAUGUGUGUGUGAGCGCGUGUUUGUAUUAAUGAUUUAUUUAUAAUUUAAGCUUUUUUGUGGAUUUAAGUUUUUAAUUGUGUGCUAAAGUUUUUUUUUUUUAUUAAAUUUGUUUAUAGAUCGACAAAAAGAAUUUGUGAUUAGUCAUAUAAAAUAUAUUAAAUAUAUACAUAUGUUUUUUUACGCAAGUUAUCAAUCGUGAGAAAUGUAUAUCGUUGUAUAUUGUAAAUUUUUACUGUAAAAUCAACAGUUCAUUACUUUCUUAGAAAUAGAAAAAUAAAAAGAAAAAC